GCUUUGGUCUCCUUUAUUCCUAUACCCGGCUUCUGAUUUCUUUCCUCCCAUUCGCCUCCUGUGACACUCGUUGUAUGAUUGUGCAACCGGAUACUCUCCUCAGCUUACAAGCAAUGCGAGUUUCCUUUCCCUGCCUAUAAAGGGGAAUUUUUAUAUUAUUCUACCCUAUACUAUCUCUCAACGAUAUAAUUCCAAUAUUUUUUUGCGUACCUUUGGCCCAAACCGUUGACCAUCCGUUGAAUGGCGGCGUCCACACUCUCAGCCGGCGGAAUGAUCGAUCCAUCCAAACAUGCCGAAUACCCCAUCAUCCUGGGCGAACGGCUGGCAAGAAGGACCGACAAGACAUAUUCACAGUUAAUAAACAUUCAAUAUAAUUACAAGCCCAAGUCGGCGACCCCGCAGCAGCGAUCUAUUAUCACCAACUCCCCUCACUCCCGGGACCACUUUAACCUAACGAUCACCGAUCAGGCUCCGAACUCGGACCAGAAUGUCCUGACCUACUCCUACCAGGGCAGCGUUGACCCAGCACAAAGCGCAUCUGACUCGCAGGAACAUGAGCUAGUACUCGUAUUCGACGCGGCAAAGAAAGCAUUCGUGCUGGAACCUGUGGCUACACAACUCAACUUCAAUCUUCGUUCGGCCCCGGCAAAAACGCAAAAGCAGUUGAUCCAGCAGUAUCCCCAGCUUAGGACUCUACAGGAAGACCACACGUCUGGAGAUGACCGGGCGCCCGACCAGGCGAGCGGAAACGACGAUGGGCCGGCGGAUGAUGAAAACCCCUACGACUAUCGCCACUUCCUUGCCAAGGACAAAGAUAACCUUGAUGAUGAUAAGUCAGCCUCUGGGAAUGCGACUCCAGAGCCAUAUACUACCACGAGCAAGGCCGCAACUCCGUUGAUUACGGCGACUAAGACGGCCCCUAGUCCUCAGCCUCGCUCGAAGCCUCAAACCAACCCUCUCCGUCAAAAGAAGCUGGCGACCGAUGCCCCUCGGACGAGUACUGCGGCAUCUGCGAAACCGAAAUUGAGCUCUCCUGCUAAAGUGGUAGAAAGACACACGGCUAAUGACACAGUGACGAAGAGGGAGAAUCAUGACGAUGUGGAAAAGUUCGUCUUUGAUUCGUCCAAGUCUCCUUCACCUUCCGAGACAGGAGCUGGCGCUGUAUCGUCGCAGAAAACCGUCCCUUCACCUGGAUCCAACAUCAUUAUCGACGGAGAUCUGAUUAUAGACAUGGGAUCACCCCCUCCAGCUCGCCCGUUCAAGGUGAAUCCUGCUCAUUUCUCAUCCAAUAACACACCCUCGAAUGAUGAAGAUGAAGAGGACGGAGAUGAGAAUGAGGACAUUGAGGAUUUGCGACUUCCAUCGCCCGUUCCCACAACCCAAAGGCCGGAACCUGGCUCGGGUAUCCAGGUCGAGGGUGAUAAUGGCGGAACCGAAGAGGAAGAGAUGGAAGAUGAAGACGAUUUGUUGGCUGCAGAGAUGGAGGCGGCCUUUGAAGAAGAGGCACGAAGUCAGCAGUCCCAGGCGCACAUCCCCGCGAACCAGUAUGUUUUGAGCGAGGAUGAAAGCGAGGUCAGCGAAGAGGAAUGAUGCCAGCACCCUAUAUCACGUCCUGUUUCUGCUUUGUUGAGUCACAUUUUGAAGCGAUUUAAGAAGGACAUGUGUAUCAUGGCGUUGUCAUUUAUGCAUUGGGAACCAGCUGGCGUUUGGAGCAGGAGCAUCUGCAAGCGAUACCAUUCAUUCUUCCAAGAUAUAUAAUGUAUUUAUUUGAUUAUUCAGAAAUGCGC